AUGCUCGCCUCCCUCUUCGUCCCCGUCCUCGCCUUGACGGCUCCCUUCGUCGCCUUCGCCGCGCCCGUCUCGCCCGCCUCGUCGCUCGAGGAGCGCGCCGUCUACAAGUACUGCGCCGACGUCUCGAACGUCUGCGACUGGGCCUGCAACGACGGCUACUACCGCAAGGACAACAAGUGCUGGUGGUCUGGCUCCUCGUCGUCGUCGACUUCGUCCGGCUCAAUCUCGUCCUCCUCCUCCUCCUCGACAACCGAGUUCGUCUCGACCGACAACAACGUCCUCGCCGCUUCGGGCGUUACCAAGUUCACCGGUACCAACACUGGCGCUAUCGCUUCGUGGUUCAGGACCAACUCGGCACAGGACUCGACGAACGGAAACUCCUGGUGCUGGUUCCCCUACAAUGACAACACUCCCGGACUCGCCAUCUCGCUCAACACGAUGAUGUCGGACGCCAACUGGGAUGCGACCGCUGCUCGGCAGAAGUACUGCGGUCUCGAGGUCGUCGUUACGACUCCUGCCGGUCGCUCGGAGACUCUCUACGUCACCGACGCGUUCGACGACGCCUGGGUCCGCACCCCUACCUCGAUCGACGUUGUCUUCAACGCCUUCCAGAAGCUCUGGGGCGGCUACACCGACAACAAGAACGACGUGAUCCAGAACGUCCAGUGGCAUUUCACUGGCCGUCGCUCGGAGCAGUACAAAUACGCUGGCGCCGGCAACUAA